AUGGGACUCCCAGUCGUGGACUUUUCAUCGUGGCAUAAUGUUAAAGAUGAAAGAUCUCGGCAACGUGUGGCACAACAGCUCGUAGACGCCUGUCAGCGGGUAGGUUUCGUGCGUAUCAUCAAUCACUCCUUGCCGGAAGGGGCCCUCGACGAGGCAUUUGAAUGGAUGAAGCGACUCUUCGCACUUCCAGAAGAGGAUAAAAUGAAGGCGCCUCAUCCGGCGGGUUGGGCUGUCCAUCGUGGAUACUCAUGGCCGGGUCUAGAGAAGGUCACCCAAAUCAUGAGCACUGACGGCGACGGAGACGUGAAGAAAAAAUUACGAGAAGUGCCUGAUGUCAAGGAAGUCUACGACAUCGGCAGCGAAGAUGACACCAGCCAGCCGAACCAAUGGCUUCCUAACGCCAUACUCCCUGGCUUCCGCGAUUUCAUGGUCCAAUUCUACAGCGAGUGUGACCGCGUUGGCAAGGAAAUUCUCCGAGCCAUAGCCGUAGGCCUGGAUCUUGAGGACGCAGAGUACCUCACGAGAAAGCAUUCGGGGAACUCUAACCAGCUGCGACUCCUUCACUACCUACCCGUUCCAGCUGAGGAUCUGGAGAAAGAUCGCGUGACUCGCUGUGCAGCGCAUACGGACUGGAGCUCGAUUACGAUGCUUUUCCAAGAUGACUGUGGCGGGCUGGAGGUGGAGGAUAUAUCGAGGCCUGGGACGUUUGUGCCUGCGCAGCCUGUGAAAGAUAGUAUCAUCAUGAACAUUGGAGAUCUGUUGCAGAGGUGGAGUAACGACCGUCUUCGCUCUACGAACCACCGAGUGAGCCUACCGACUCUCUCAGAUCGUAUUGGAGGUCCAGAUAGGAUGACCCGUGAGCGAUUCUCGAUUCCUUACUUUAUGUCUCCGGAUGACGAAGUCCUUGUUGAAUGUAUACCUUCCUGUAUGAAUGACGAAACCCCAGCUAAGUAUGAGCCUAUUACACGAGGAGACUAUAACAAGAUGAGGAUGUCUAUGAUGUAUUGA